GGGAGCGAAGCCAUGAUAAUAUGGACUUCCAGAAUUCUCACCCUUGUCCGUACGCACAAGCGUUCUCUACGCUUCAUGUAUAUGUUCUCAGCAAUCGUUCGUGGACACUGGCCGGUGUUGCUCUCUAACUGGUCCGGUGCCAUUCUGCGCGAAUUUGGCCAGUCGUACGAGUGUGUCCGCAUCUGUGGCGACUCUGGCAUCAGUUGCAGUCUGCGAGGUUAACGUGUCAAUGUCGUUGUCGGCUUGGGAAGGAGGGCUCAUUGCAACUCGGGUAUCUGCCAUUAUACCGGAUAUUAUUGUCAUAGCCGUGACCUGGCACCGAUCCUACGUAAUGCGCGCAUCAAGGUUAGCAUAUCCGACCCGAGAUGGGUCCCUGUACUUCAUAGUGCUGGUGAUGGUCAACGUUGCUCAACUCACGGUUGUCUAUUUGUCGGGAGAGGACGCGGAUGAGGCCGCUUUUAUCGUGAAUGUCUUGAGUUCGAUCUUCGUAUCGCGAUUCUUGCUCAACUUGCGCAAAGUACAAGUGUCUGUCGAUGACUCUCUCUCGGAUACAAGUGAUCCAUCGGACAGUGUGGACGACAUGCAGCAGUCGGUCUCUCAAUUAUCGACAUUAGUGCCUUUCCCCACGUCCAUGUUACUCGAUACUCGUUUCUCUGCAAUUUCAUCGCUGAACGCGACUGGGCGAGACGAGACGUCUAUCAAUGGCGACGAGAAUGUUGUAGUCGAUCCCAACCUGAGGGACCUGGAGACGAGGGAGCUCUGUAAAGCAACUUUGGCCUCUCAUGCUUGACACUCGUCACGCCUUGUUGCUUGAGAUGCCGAGUUUUUUUCUCUCCGAGAAAAUGUACAGGCAAUAUCAUACAUAAAUAUUCGC